GUAGCUAUCCCACGCAUGCCCAGAUCGAUCUAGACCUACUCGGAUCGGUAGGAAAGUUAUGAGUGCGUGCCUACAUCCAGAACGACGCCCCACGUUCGUGAACAGUUGCAAUGGCUGGAAAACAAUACAAGGAUGAUGUAUACGCUCAAAAACAAGGUCUGGCUGCCUCUGAUGAGAACAUGCGAGCUGUAUGGAUGAAAACGAAACAAGAAGAUGAAACACGAUUCCAUUUGUCGACGGCGGGGGCGUCCAGUGUUGCGAUGAAGGUAAAUCCCCAAGGAUUUGAACGAAAAGAGAGAAGAAAAAAAGGUAUGAGUGAAAUGGGGAUGGCGGGAGGGCCGCUUGUCGUCCCGGAGCGUGUGGCUGGAAUGAAAGCGAAGGAAAUUGGAUCGUGGCGUACGCCGAAGGAGACGCAGUUAGAGAAAGGGACGAUGGCGCAUGUUGAGCCUUUUGCAACGUCGUGGCACGAGAGUCAUGCCUCAUCAUCAUUACCACGUUACCACAAGGGGGCCGUUGGUGGUGUAGGAGAGGUGGUGGGGAAGUGGAACUUUCCAGAUGAUUCUGUGUUUUCUAGUGCUAAGAGUAAGAGAGAAGAUACAGCAGGUGGUCGGUAUAGAGUAGUGGCUGGUAGAGGUAGUGGAUUUGGUGAUACAUCUAGUAGGUUAGUGUACAAGAGAGAGGAUGAACAACAAAGUGUAUUAAGUUUGGCUGCCAAACAGAAUACUUUACAGACAUCUAGCGAAUCAGCAGAAGCAAUAGAACCUCUAACUUCAUUGAUACAUGAGUUUGCCUUGACUGACUAUCAGAAAGCUGUAUAUGAGCAACGAUAUGGACUACAGUCCAGUAGCUCUUCAAAAGGCUUGCAAGCAGAUUUGUAUUCUGCAAAGGCAGAAGAGAAAUCAACAGUAGGACCUGUUGCAGGUGCUGAUAGUUUGUCUAGGAAAAGGGAAACUCUUCGUGUAUUACAACAGAAAGGACUUCCUGAUCUUGUUGAAGGAGAUCUGAAUCUGAAGAUGCUGACUCCUAGGCAGCUCAUUGAUCAAUGCCAUGUAAGAGAUUGUCAAAAGCUGCAGUCAGAAUUACAUGAAGAAGAAAUGGGCACAAGAAUAGAUGAAGUAGAAAACGAAUGUCAGGAAGAAAGGCGUAGACGAAUAGAAGCAGAGAUGAAAGUGUGCAAGUUGGAAGAUGAGUACAAGAUGCUAAGAGAAGAGAACAAGAUGCUAAGAGCACGAUUGCCAGCUGACAACUUGGAAUCUCUGCCUGAACAGCCUGGAGGUCUGACAACUGCGGACAGAUUACAGAUGGUUGUCCUGCUCUACACGUGUCAAGCAAAGGAUUUUGAAAAGCUGAAAGUGAUAGCUCACGGAUGUGAGGGAGUCGUGUUGCUGGUAAAAUGUAACAAAGAAUCUAAUUUGCUACAUGGACGAAAGUUUGCCCUGAAAGUUAUGUUCAAUGUCUUCAGUCAUGCAACACUAACACAAGUUCGUAAUUACUAUCAGAAUGAGUACACAGCUCUCUGUACGAUGUCACCACAUCCCAACAUCGUCCGACUGUACGCUUUCUUCUAUGAUCGUCUCCCCGACUUAUCUACUUUCGCAUUACCACCAAUUGUUGUAGAGAAUGCAAGAACGUUGUCAUUGUUUCUUAUCAUGGAGUUCAUCUUAGAUACAUUGCAAGAUGUUACAGAAAGUUAUCGAAGCUCAGGCAAACUAACAGGGAAGCAAGUCAUGAAGUGGACACUACAGAUAUUGAAAGGAAUUCAACAUAUGCUCAAAUUUCGAUUUGUACAUCGUGAUUUGAAACUAAACAAUGUCUUGGUUGACUCCAAUGGGACUGCAAAGUUGUGUGACUUUGGUUGCUCGGUACAACUUACAGAAGACAUGACAAUGUUGUAUGGCCCGGGAGGAUCUCUCGGUGGUAAUGCAGCUCACAUGGCUCCCGAACUGCUGAACACUACCGCUGGACAUGGACGACACAUCAAGGGUGAUAGGCAAGACAUGUGGGCUUGUGCGUUGAUGGUUUAUGAAAUGGCAUGUGGUCGUUCACCGUUUGAGGCGUCUGGUGGGAAAGCUUUGGAUCAACGAGGUUAUCGAAUGUGUGACCUGCCACCGCUUGUUAUUAAAAAUGAAAAAACCUCAGGACUAAUGAGUUCUGAUGAGGAGCUGAGUCAACCUUUUGUUGAGUUAGUAAUGUCUAUGUUAGAGUAUGAUCCUAGUAAACGGCCAAGUAUUGAGCAUGCGAUUAUGGCCAUUCAACAAGAACUCGAUCGGUAAUAUGCAAGGGCGAGCUACAGUUCGUAAUCAAGAGAGAAGCAUUUCAACAACUGAGCAAUGCAAGUUGCAAUGCACACUCAGCGCAAGCACAGAUUGAUGCAUUGAGUUUGAUGCUCCGAUCAUAGUGAUCAUUUUAUAUGCUCAGAGCACACACUUGCUUCACUGUAUUGACACAUGCAGAUUGAGAUGUGUGGUGGAUCCGAAUCAAAGUUGAUUCAAGGCAUCGAAUGGAUGUGGAGGAUACUGUUGAGUAAAUUAGCGGAUGAUGAUGGUUGUAUUCAGUCAGCAUAUCACCAACACAUCACCAUGUGGUACGUUAGUGUUAUGUUGUGUAUUAGAUGUACUGUACUAAGCGCUGAGCAAUGUAAAAUGCUCUUGCAUUGAAAAGCUUGUUGAAUUUUUUCUCUCUUGCUGCAUAGUAUGCUGUACUAUAGAAGUGUACAUACUGUGUAUAUGCUGUAGCUCUGCUCCUACUGUACUCGGUUGCUUUGGCUCGUAUAUAGACUAUAGUACUAUGUUAUGUAGUUUAUAUAGUGUACAUAAUUUGAGUGUGAAACUUCAACAGUCAUGUGUAUGUUUUUGCUAAAUUUGAUCAUUGGUCAUGGUUUUGUGAGUGCAUUCUGGGGUUUACAAGAGUGGUAGUUGGAAAUCUGAUGAGCGUCACACCACACACACACACACACACACACACACAAUCACACUGACACCUAAAAAUGUAACGCACCUAAUGUAAUAAGGCUGGUAUGUCAUGUGUACAUUCUUUCCUGGGUAUGAGGACUGCCAACAGGACAUCCUAAGUACAGAUUCAUAUUAUAAUGAGGAUGGUUGUAGUUACUGAAAUGCCAACAGGAUCCAUACUUUGCAUAGUUGUUAUCCAUACAGACGCAGCAGUUUCCCUAAAAAGUUUCACAAGUUGUAACUAAUCUGUUGAUCAUUCAACUAAAAAGAUAGCCUUGAAUUUCCAGACCAGAGCGCGCGCACUCUGGUGUGGAAGUUCGAGGCUACUAAAAAAAGAUAGGCUGUAAACUGUAGGCCUUAUGUUGCCGUGCAUGAAUGUCGCAAUGGACUCGUUGCACAAUAAUUAUUUGAUAUUACGUGCGCUUUAUGCGUGUUUAUCUAGGCAUUUAUGUAGCUGCAAGUCUCGUUCUUGUUCUACAAAUGGGAGAGGCAAGUGAAGAGAAAUACAAAUAUACAGAAUGCAGAGAAGGUCAAGUGGACGGUUCUUUUGCGGGCAGAGGAAAACUAUUAGAUUGUUGGUCGAGGGAAAGUGCACUGACGCACAGAGAACUGACUCUAGAUGAUG